GUCUUUUGACGGGACGGCCGAGCUGGGACAGCAGACAGAGGAGGCUCUUGAUCCUUACUUAAAUAAAGUGAUCCUGCUUGUAUGAAGGGUGUGAUGAUGUUCUAGCACCCCCCUGUGGCACAUAAGGACAUGGUGCUCUCACUCCUCCAGACCGUGGUCACUUAUGUGUCCCUGCUGUGGUUUGUAAGAGUGACCGAUGCGAUGCCUGACCCAGCUAAGAGGGACCUACUAAUGCGUGAGGAGGCAUCAAGACAAACUGGGGGAAGAGUGGCCCUGACACCAGCUGAACAGAAGCUGGAUGAUUACCUCCAUCAGCUAAAGGAGCAGGAGAUGUCUGCUGCUCAUUUCCCACCUGCUAUCCACUUUUUCAAAGCAAAGCCGCUCAUUGAGAAGAGCUCGGUUUUCAAAAUGCUGCAGAAGAUGCCAAAAGGUGCAGCCCUCCACAUCCACGGCUCCACUCUGGUUGGCGUUGAGUGGCUGGUGAAAAACGUCACCUACAGGCCAAACUGUUACAUCUGCUUCACGUGGGACAACUCGGUCCGCUUCUUCUUCUCAGACCGUCAGCCGUUUCCGCGAUGGGACUGCUUCUACUGGCAGCUACUUCAGAGACUGAGAACAAAAAUAGGAGACCCUACUGCUUUUGAUAACAGUUUAAUGCAGCACCUCACACUGUUCACUGAGGAUCCAGAUGGACAGUAUCCAAACCAGGAUGUUGUUUGGGAGAAGUUUGAGCGAGCCUUUAUUGCAGCUGCAGGGCUUGUAACACACGCCCCUGUGCUAAGAGACUACAUCUACAAGGGCUUAGAGGAACUUCAGCAUGACAACAUCAUGUAUCUGGAACUUAGGAGUGGUCUCUCCAGGACAUAUGAACUUGAUGGAACCAUUCAUGAUAAGGUCUGGACCAUAAGAAUGUUUCAAGAAGUUACAAAGAAAUUUAUGGCAGAUCAUCCAGACUUUCUUGGGGCCCGUAUCAUAAUUUCUGUACACAGGGCUUUGGGAGUAUCUGAUGUAAAAGCAGCAGUGAAAGAAGCCAUUCAGCUGCAGAAGGACUUCCCAGAUGUUAUCGCAGGAUUUGAUAUGGUUGGCAGGGAGGACAGUGGGAGGACUCUUUGGUUCUUCAGGGAGGCCCUUUCUCUGCCAGCUGAACUGGGGGUCACGCUGCCGUACUUCUUUCAUGCAGGGGAGACAGAUGAUGAAGGCACAGAGGUAGAUCAAAACAUCCUUGAUGCCCUUCUCUUCAAUACCACACGUAUUGGGCAUGGCUACGCUUUGGCGCAUCAUCCGCUCGCCAAAGAACUUUCAAGGAAAAGAAGUGUGGCUGUAGAGCUGUGCCCCAUCUCAAACCAGGUGCUGAAGCUGGUCUCAGACCUCAGGAACCACCCUGCAGCUGUGCUGAUGUCAGAGGGCCACCCUUUGGUGAUCAGCUCUGAUGACCCAUCUAUGUUUGGCACCGCAGGCCUCUCCUACGACUUUUACGAAGCCUUUGUUGGCAUCGGAGGGUUAAAGGCAAAUCUGGGCACUCUGAAAGAGCUUGCUGCUAACUCUAUCAGGUUCAGCUCCCUGCCAUCUCAUCUGAAGGACACAGGUCUCGCCAUGUGGCAGAAAAAAUGGGAUGCUUUCAUCGUUGAUCAUUCAUGACCAGCAAAUCUCUGGAUCCUGUUUGACUUGAAUGAUGUUUGUGAAUGUUUAAACCUUUGCAGACAUCUAAAAGGGUAACCAGCAGCAACUCUUCACUUGAUCCUUGGAGGCAAAACAAACAAACAAAAAAAAAAGAAACAGAAUUAAGCAAAUCAUGUGUUUUAAGAGCACUGGACUUUUUGAACAAUUCUCCCUGUAUCUGGAAACUGCAAAAGAGCAGUGAAUUAGCCUUCUUCUUGACUUACCUCUGCUGAGUAUUCAUUUAAAAGUUUUUCUUUAAUCAGUGCUAGCUCACACUAUGUACCAAUAAUAGCAUUCGUCGAUAUACCAAAGUUAAAUGAAAUUAAACACAAGUGAUCCUUUUCACAACUUUUCUCAGACAUAUUUAAAAUCUAGAAUAUCCAAGUCAUUGACAGCUGAAUGCUAAACUUUCCCAAAGAAUAGAAGC